GAAAUAUUCUACAGUUUUAUUUAACUCAUCUACAGAGUGCACAAUAUUUCCGUACGCUCCUGCAUUAAAUAGUUUUUCCCCGUUGUAUUUAAAUUGCCAUUUCAUUUUAUCUGUUUUUGUUUACUUAUAAAUAACGUUGUUUCAAUUAGCAGUUUGUUUAAUUUUAACACAGCUGGUUUAUAAAUUUCAUCCAUAUAAUUAAAUCUUAUUAAUAGAAAAAUGAAGCUAUCCAGUUUAUUUUUGUUCGCUCUUUUUGGUUUUGUUGUAGGUGUCGCCAUUGAAAAACCAAUAAAGUCAAACUUUUACCACGAAGAGACUUGCAAAGGAGGAUAUUGCCUGCUAGAAAAUGAGUGUGGUCAUGAUGUGGAAGUAGAACAUAAAGAUUUAUGUCCAGGCCAAAAGAAAUUAGGAGCUGUUUGCUGUAAAGGCUUUCCUGCCGACAAAGUGAAUUGCUUUCAAACUCACAAUACUUGCAUGGCCGUAAAAACAUGUCCGGAAAACUUGAAUUCAGGCCGCAAGGGAUGCCCAUGUGGAGAGACUUGUUGUGUAUUAGUUUAAUAAUUACUGUAUAAGUUGGUUUUUAAUAUACGAUAUUAUUUUAUAUGCUGUU